GGGGCGGCGGCCUCGCCGCAAGAUGGAGGGCUGUGGGGCGGGGGGGGGCGAGCCCGGCCGGCUCUCCCCUCUCUUUCUUUAUUACCGUUACCUUCUUUCCCGAUACCCGCAGGUCGUGGCCUGGGUCUGGGGGGAGUUGCGGUGACGUGAGGGGUCCGGGGUGCUCGCACAGAGCCAGGCCGGUCCGAGCACGGUGCCCCCCAGCAGGCAGGCGGCACCUUCACACAGCAGAGACAGGGAGAUGCUUUUUAUCUGACAGCAAAAACGUUUGGCGCCGGCCUUUCCUGGCAGCAGAUGCUGGAAAAGCGAUGAUAUAUUUUAAACCGAGGAAUGAUCAUUCAGUUGCCUUGGAGAUGAUGCUUCUGCUGUAAAUGUAGGGACGAGGACUAAUGGUGUGGGCAGUAUGGAUCUAAUGAACGGGCAGUCAAGCAGUGUUAAUAUUGCAGCUACUGCUUCAGAGAAGAGUAGCAGUUCUGAAUCUUUGAGUGACAAAGGUUCAGCUGAACUAAAGAAGAGCUUUGAUGCAGUGGUGUUUGAUGUUCUGAAGGUUACACCAGAAGAAUAUGCCGGUCAGAUAACACUAAUGGAUGUCCCUGUAUUUAAAGCAAUUCAACCAGAGGAGCUGGCAAGCUGUGGAUGGAAUAAAAAAGAGAAAUAUAGUUCUGCUCCAAAUGCAGUUGCUUUCACCAGAAGAUUCAAUCAUGUAAGCUUCUGGGUUGUCAGAGAGAUUCUACAUGCACAAACGUUAAAAAUAAGAGCUGAGGUUUUGAGCCACUAUAUUAAAACUGCAAAGAAACUGUAUGAGCUGAAUAAUCUGCAUGCUCUCAUGGCAGUUGUGUCAGGCCUACAGAGUGCACCGAUCUUCAGGCUGACUAAAACAUGGGCGUUAUUGAGUCGGAAGGAUAAAGCCACCUUUGAAAAGUUGGAAUAUGUUAUGAGUAAAGAAGAUAACUACAAAAGGCUUAGAGACUAUAUCAGCAGCUUGAAGAUGACUCCAUGUAUUCCCUAUUUAGGUAUUUAUCUGUCAGACUUGACGUAUAUUGAUUCUGCAUACCCGUCAACAGGGAGCAUUCUGGAAAGUGAGCAAAGAACAAAUUUAAUGAACAACAUCCUCCGAAUUAUCUCAGAUUUACAGCAGUCGUGCGAAUAUGAUAUUCCUCUGUUGCCUCAUGUCCAAAAAUAUCUAAACUCAGUUCAGUACAUAGAAGAGCUACAAAAGUUUGUAGAAGAUGACAAUUACAAACUUUCAUUAAAGAUAGAACCAGGGACCAGCACCCCCCACUCUGCUGCAUCCAGAGAAGAUUUAGUAGGCUCUGAAGUCGGAGCAUCUCCACAAAGCGGACGGAGAAAUGUUGCAGCUGAAGGAGCUUUGCUGCCACCAACACCCCCUUCACCUAGAAACUUGAUUCCACAUGGACACAGGAAAUGUCACAGUCUGGGAUACAAUUUCAUACACAAGAUGAAUACGGCUGAAUUUAAAAGUGCAACGUUUCCCAACGCAGGACCAAGACACCUACUGGAUGACAGUGUCAUGGAGCCUCAUGUCCCAUCCAGAGGGCAAGCAGAAAGCUCUACUCUUUCUAGCGGAAUUUCAAUAGGUAGCAGUGAUGGUUCUGAACUCAGUGAAGAGACGUCCUGGCCAGCAUUUGAAAGGAACAGGUUGUACCAUUCUCUCGGUCCGGGGACAAGAGUGUCACGAAAUGGCUAUCGAGGCCACGUGAAGGCCAGCAGCUCUCUAGAAUCUGAAGAUUUGGCUGUUCAUUUGUAUCCAGGAGCAGUUACUAUUCAAGGUGUUCUCAGGAGGAAGACUUUGUUGAAAGAAGGCAAAAAACCAACAGUAGCAUCUUGGACAAAAUACUGGGUAGCACUGUGUGGAACCCAACUCUUUUACUAUGCUGCAAAAUCUCUGAAGGCUACCGAAAGAAAACACUUCAAAUCCACACCAAGUAAGAACGUGUCAGUGGUGGGCUGGAUGGUGAUGAUGGCAGAUGACCCUGAACAUCCAGAUCUCUUCUUAUUAACUGAUUCUGAGAAAGGAAAUUCCUACAAAUUUCAAGCUGGAAAUAGAAUGAAUGCAAUGCUCUGGUUUAAACACCUGAGUGCUGCCUGCCAAAGCAACAGACAACAGGUUCCUGCCAACUUGAUGACCUUUGAAUAGCAGGCUAAUACAAAAACAAACAAACAGAGAACAAUUUAAACCAUCUCAUAAUUGAGAAUGAGGUCCUGAUGGAAAAUGUGCCAGCUGCAGUCUGUGCCAGAACAGAGCUUGUCAAGUUGAUCUGAACUCUGGAGCCCUGAACAAAACUACUAAUGGCUGGGGAGUAGAGUCCCCCAAAUGAAAAAUGGAGUUGCAACACGAAUUGCCAUGGACCAUGCUUUGUUAAAUUCUCUGAACUGACUUGUGGAAACCACUGCCUUAAAGAGUGAAAGGAAAAACAACAAUGAAAACACCAAAUAGUGUGUGUGAAACUUCUGGCGGUGCUGUGCUUGAGUUAAAUAGAUUGUAGCUUGUUUGAGUUUCUUUUAACUUUAUACUAAUUUUGAAAAUAACUCACCUUUUUAGGUAUUCUUAAGAAAGCAAGUAAACUGGUAUUUAACGA